UGCGGACAGCGGAGGCGCUAGCUGCGCCCUUGCGGCUCGCGAGUCUCGGCGCUCGUUUCCAAGAUGGCCGACAUAGUACAGCAGUUGCAUUUCUACUGCUAGACUAAGUACUGUGUCACGUCGACGUCUCGUCGCGCUUGAGAGGGAGGCGGCUAUCCGUUCCCGCAGACGACGUCGGACGUAUUCAUCCAGCUCGUGUGUGCAUUGGCUGUCGAAGUGGAGCUCGCUCCCGACGAUGCCGCUCUAGGCCAGACCAUUCCUGGCGCAUCUGAGAGACAGACCGGCCCGGACCAUCUACAUAAUGAAUUGCCAUCAGAUACUCAGUGGAGCUUGCAACGCGGGCGACCGCUGUUACGCCGUUGGCUCCGUCGAGGGCAUCUCCUUCACCGCCUACGCAGCUGGUUGUAACAUUGUCAUCCUUGCCAGUAAUUUUGAGAGAGUGCAGAUUAUUCCUGGAGCAGUGCACAAUUACAUAAGAAUCAGUUGCCUGGACUGCAGCACCGACACUGGCAAGAUUGCUGCCGCAUACGAGAAUCAAGUCUGCAUUUUUGAGCCAACUCCGCUCAUUCACAGCACAUGCUCUCAUCAAUUGGAAUAUCGCUGGGUGCAAACUGGUAGCUUGCAAACUGAAUCAAAUAUCAGCUCGUUAUCAUGGAACUUGGAGGGAACGCGUCUAUUGACUGGUGGAGAGCUUCUGCAGUUGUGGCAUCAGAAUAUCUUGCCAUUCCAGGAAGAGCAUUCAGCAAAGCAGAAAGCAAUACAGUUCGAAGAGCCGAUCAAUAUGGGUGCAGAUCAAAACAUAUCAAGGAGCACUGCGCAAGAUCCUGGAGCAGUCACAUUUUCAAUCGGGGGAGAAGCAGAAAGCCCACAGCCAUCGGACACAAAUUUGGCAAACGAACCAGGAGCAUGGAACUGCGUAUGGAAAUGCCGCACUGCCACACCUGUACAUCUCAUGAGCUUCAGUCCCGAUGGCACACUCUUCGCAACUACUGGAAUGAAUGACAGAUUGGUGAAAAUCUGGUUUGAAAAUAAGCAAUUGUUUCCAACAAAAAGUAUUGACCAUUCAACCUUCAGUCAACCAGUGUCAAUCGAUAGUUUCAGCUUUGUGUAUGUAGCGCAUCCACGAGCUGUGACUCAUAUAUCAUGGCGAAAAACUAGCAAAUACAUGCCAAAGGGCUCAGUAUCAAACAUGUUGGUAACUUCGUGUCGAGAUAAUAUUUGCCGCGUAUGGACGGAAACAAUUCCACCGGAGAUUGAAGGUUUGGCCAAUAUGAGUCAGUUUGAAGGAUCGGACAGGCAUGGUCAUCACGGAAAGCAUCGCCAUCAUAGUAUGCAUAAACAUCGUUUUAUGCAGCGUCUAAAACAUAUGAAAACAUGUUUUCAUAUACGUCGACACGCGAAACAACAGCAGCAUCAAGCAGGUCACACAGCACCUACUUUGCCUACACUACCAUCAACCUAUUCAGUUCAUGAUUUUCAUAACAACUAUCAAAGUACUGGGCAUUAUCCUGGAAUGCAUUUCCAUUUAGCAGCAAGUAUUAAUGCAGAAACUGAUAUUCCAUUAGUUCCAAGUCUGAUCACUGGUGAUCCUGACAGAGAACCAAAUUUUAUUUUGCAUUGGUUAAAUAAUAAGGAAAUGCAGUUUAAUAUGCAAGCAGAAAAUAUUUUGCAGGAACUGACAAGAAAAGUUGUUGAAAAAGAAGAAGGCAUGCACCACCAUCCAGAGUCGGAUCAUGCUGAUCAUGACUCUGAAGAUGAGCACACUCCAAGCAGCAUCUUAUCCUGUUACGGUAUGGCGCGACCUACAGAGAAAGGAUCCCGCCACUCCAGUCAAAAAGCGAACAUUGGCGGUCGAACGACAAGUCAGGAGGAGCACAGUAGCGAUGAGCAUCACACAGCCCAUACGACUUCGUCCCACCAUAGCCUUCCUCACAGUGUCCAUUCCCACCAAAGCCUUAGCAACACGACGUCAAUAAAUUCCAUAGCGACGGACGCUACAACGACGAAUCAAGCUCCAGAUUCAUUGGAUACGAAGAUCGAGACUCUCCUUCGUGAUUGGCAUCACAAUCCCGACCUCCUAUUCUCCAUUCACCCGAUCGACGGCAGUUUUCUGAUCUGGCAUAUCGAAUGGUUAGACGAGUACCACCCGGGCUCAUUCCGACAGGCGCAGAUCUCCUUCUCAACCCGCAUACCCAACGCUUUUCCCUUAGGCGACGCUUCUACCAUGAGUCACAACGUGUCCAUGUAUUCGCACAACACCGGCGGUCCGCUGCUCAACAUUCGCGAAGUCGCCAAGUCUUCUACAGUAGUGAGCAAGCCCACUGAUACGACGGACGCCUCGACACCACUGCCCAGUCUCAUCGAGCAGGAUGAGGAUCAGUCGACAUUGACGUCGAGGGCUGGACAAGAGCUCAUUAAAAGUGUUCAGAAUGGCUGUGAUCCCAAUACGCUGCAGCCGCCGCAGCAACAGCAACCGACUGGCACUACUACGUUGGGACAGAACGGACCUACCACCGAGGCGCAGAAGCAAGCCAAUGAGAAUGUUAAUGACAUGUUGGCACAUCCAAGUCCCAUGGUUUCGAUGGUAUCGAAACACGCUAAUGGAACGCUGAAUCUAUGGCAGCUUACUUUUGCCGACAAAACCAAAUUUUCUCAGGUUCUUAGUAUAGGUCACGCUUGCAGAGCAUCCGGUCACCGCUUCCGCGUGAACGACAUCACCUGUCACCCAGUCCUUCCCCUACUGUUGACAACUUCUCAUCACAAUAUCCCAGACUUCACGCCGGGCCAGCACCAGGAGAGCAACGGGGAAUCCACAAUUAUCGGCGAUGACUCAAACGGCUUCAAGUCUGAGCACACAGAGCACAAGGAUGUCAUGUCUCCUACAGGUUUUUGCAGCGAAUUGAUUCUCUGGCGGGUGGACGCAGUGGGCCCUCUGUCAAAGAGCGGCGGCGUAUCCGAGUUGGCUCGCAUCAACUCACCGGAGAUCUCGGCGUUCAGCAACGUUGCCUGGAUUCCAACUCUAUUGCCGAGUACGACUCUCGGUAACUUGUCCAACUCUCCGAGCGCCUGCUUUGUCGCCAGUGAUGGCGAAUGCCUCAGAGUUUACCAAGCAGUGAUUGACGCCAGAACUCUGUUGGCGGAGGUUUCAAUCAGCGAGAGGCGCAGCAGAAUCAUGGACUCGAUGGCGAGUCUGUCUACCGACAUGUCGUCCGACGAUGGAGUGCGGCAUUCGAUUCAUGAUAGGAUCAAGAUAGUGUCGCAGCAAUCUACUGCCAGGCCUGGAUGUGUUAUACAGCUUGAUGCCAUUGCCGAUGCUACGCACGACUGGCAAAACACCCAGUUCCUUCACGUGUUCCAGGAGCAGCUUAUUACUGGCGAGAGGAAUGACGAAAAACUACCGGGCGUUGACGCAUCCGCCAACGAUCUGGGACUAAUGGAAUCGACGUUGGACGCAAUGGUAGAUUUACAACAGUCGUCGAUCUUUGAGGAGCCGUUCUACAUCGUCGUUCUCGAACGCACUGCACGCGGAACAACGGUGCACAUGUGGAGACUCGUGAUAGCCUCGCAACCAGAGUCCCAGGGUUUAACCGGUUCGAUGAUGUACGUGCCAGACUCGCAACUGGUUCAAGAUGAAGAGGAGGAGGGAACACCAGGUCGCUAUGGCCACGCUGAAGGAGGGCGCAGAUCGCGUAGACCCAGCACGACCGGCAACCGCAGCAGACGCAACAGUCAAGCUGACUACCAAGAUCAAGCAAGCUUUGCGCAUCGACGACACCACAAUAGUCAUGUGCUCAUCACCACGACGAAAGUCUGUACCCAAGAUUUGCCGAUCCCAGAUGGUGUUGAAGUCGUCCAUGCUGCCCCUGCUGCUGGUCAUCUCAGUAGUUCUUCGAUUUAUCCGGCCUGCUUCGCGCCGUAUAUCAUCGUUACUGCUUGCAGUGAUAGCACUGUGCGUUUCUGGAAGUGCAAGGUCAACAAGACGAGUGAAGAGGAGAACGCGCCUCUACACUACGAGUGGUGCGAGUGGGAGAUGAUUCGCAAAGAUAAAGAGUCGACAAUCGACAUUACUGGCCAACCCCUGAAUAUUAGCGCAGCUUACAGUGGCCGCAUCGCCUGUGCCUAUAAAUAUGGCAAGUCCUUUACACGACCAACCAAAGCUGACCCAGACUCGCGUUACGUCAACCUUUGCGUAGCGAUCUAUGAGUGCGAGAGCACGGGUGGUAGCGAGUGGAUACUCGAAGACACGAUUCACCUGAAGAACAUCCAUCUGCCGAGGAUACAGGUUGACCAACAUCUUGACCUGAGUUACCUCUACGAUAGCAGGUUUUUGCAGAAGAAACAACGACUAACACAAGUACUACAGACCCUGAGUCAUGAAGAUGUGAGGUCGCCGAGAAACGGCGAGAACGGAGGAGACAGUGCCAAGGCUGGUCUGCUGGCAGUACCAUCCUUCAGCACGCUGCAGUCGCUGAGAAAGUCGAUUAUCGAAAAUGGAAAUACGUGUCCACUAACGCAGAAGCAUUUAGUACAGCUUGAUUGGGUGUCCAAGGAAGAUGGCUCGCAUAUUCUCACCGUUGGCGUUGGAUCGAAAAUUAUGCUGUUCACUCCCGUCUGUUCGGAUCUUGCACAGGCCAAUAUGAAGGCCAUGAAGGAAUCGCAGAGCAGCAACAGGCCUAUUUUAAGAAAGACGUCUUCGCUUGCUCAGCCCCAAUUUGUAGACGAAAUUCGCUGGAUGAAGCUUAGGAAGAUCGAGCUGACAACGGCUGACGGUCUUCCACCUCUGCCCAUGCAGAUUUCAUGGGUGAGAGACGGUAUCCUGGUAGUGGGAAUGGAUUCGGAGAUGCAUGUUUACAGUCAAUGGAAGCCGAAUCCGAAGAAAGAUUGUCUACAUUCGAGUCUUCAGGCGCAGCAGGAUUCCGACGAGUUCCAAGCAAGCCGCAAUCUCAGGGACGAGGACCUACGGACAUUGGCCCAUGAAACUUCUCAAAGACGGUUGGCCAAUGUCUCGUCGAUGCCCCAUCUCUCACGUGUAAGCAGUAUUAAUUUAACGAUGCUUGAUGCAAAGAAAAAACGUGGUAUGCAGAACGAAGGACCGGUUAAUCUUGAUUAUAUGCCUGAUUAUGGUCUAUUCGAGGCCUCUCGCAUAGCCUGCCCUGUGCUGCCCCAGUAUCAUCCAAAGCAGCUGAUGGAACUCCUGAACUCUGGUAAAAUUCGCUGGGUCAAAGCGAUCCUGGCCCACUUGGUGCGCUGCAUCACUUCGUCGUGUCCGAUUCGUGCUGACGAUGAGAACCUAAUGAAGGCCAAAGGCGGAGGUUGGUCGCGUUCUCGCACAAUGUCCGUGAGUUACGUCGGAGCCAGUUCUCCUCUCGAGCCCCGCGGUUCAACAACUCAAAUCCCCGAGGAACUUACACUCGACUAUGCUGAAAUUACUUCCAUCUCACCACUGCCUCUCUGGACUUUACUCAUCGCCGACAAGGAGACCAAUGCCAGUCAGCAAAACGAAGACAAGCAGGAUUACAAUAAGCUCUUCGAUGGUCAGGUGGACGAGGGUGAAUCUCUUGACGACAUGCUCGACGAGGAUUACGAUCACACGCGCCAGAAGGACCGGCGUUCCUCAGUUCCCGAGCGCCAGGGUAUUUCGCACUUUGGACCUCGACAGGGACGAGUUCUCUCCCGGCUUCUCACUCAUACUCACUUGCCUGGACUCUCGAGUCUCGACCAGAUGCACUUGUUGGCUUUGGCGGACACUGUGAGCACCUGCAACGUCGACUUUGCCGAACGUUUUGCCAUCGAUGCGCAAAAGAGCGCGAUUGCCAAGGAAAACUUGACCGGUAUUCCAGACGGCGAGGCCGUUUCUAUGGACUCGCUCGACGAUUGUGGAUUGCGUUUCCUCCUUGCCAUGAAACACUACAACUACCUCAUCAAGUGUUUACCGCUGGCUCAACGAGCUCAGUUCCAAAAGCAAGGCGUCUCCACCAAUAAUCUCGUCUGGGCAUUCCACUCCGAGUCCGAAGAAGAGUUGCUUAGUUUGAUACCAUCUUAUGCAAAGGCACAGCCAAGAUGGUCAGUGUUGAAGGAGCUUGGUGUCGGUUGGUGGAUCAGCAACAUGGCAGUAUUGAAGCAGUGCGUCGAGAAGAUCGCCAAAGCCGCCUUCCAGCAGAACCAGGAUCCAUUGGACGCUGCUAUAUAUUACCUCGCAAUGAAGAAGAAAAAUCUACUGUGGGGAUUGUUUAGAAACAAAAGGGACGAGCGAAUGACUGCCUUUUUCUCGAACAACUUUGCGGAGGACAGAUGGAGGAAGGCCGCAUUGAAAAAUGCAUUUGCCCUGUUGGGUAAACAGCGUUUCGAACACGCUGCAGCGUUCUUUUUGUUAGCCGGUGCUUUGAGGGAUGCGAUUGACGUAUGCCUAAAUAAGCUCAAUGACAUUCAGCUGGCAAUGACCAUCUCGAGACUUUACGAAGAUGAUAUGACGUCGCCUAAUCUCAAGAGGUUGAUGUACGAGGAGAUCCUAGGUUGCGAUAAGGAAGGCAACAAUCAGGAUAUCAACAAGGCACAUCCGGAUCCCUUCUUACGUAGCAUGGCGCUUUGGAUCCUAAAGGAUCACUCAGGUUCCUUGAAUACUCUCUUGCUGACCAACGUGGGAACUCUACAUCCGCAGUACAACGAUGAGUCUGACAAGCCCGAAGGAUCCACAGCCAAUCCAAACGUUUUCAACUUUUAUGUUUACCUUCGUACGCAUCCGCUUCUCAUUAGACAGUACAUUGCAUCCACCGCUCAGGACAAGAAAAAGGGUCAUUCCGUUGUCAUUUCCGGAUUCAGUUACGGCACAGAAACGAAAACUGUACAAGACAAACAGCUUACGUUAGAAGAUACCAUAACACCUUUGGAGAGGCAACUUUACUUCACAACAGCUCAUGCGCAUUUUAAAGCCGGAUGUCCAGCACUCGCUCUGGAAGUUUUGUCAAAGUUACCAAGUAAAGUUAUGGAGACGAAUUCCGAGGAUUCCCCUAGUCUUUUAAAUAGCCCUAGUAAAAGUAGAGCUCAAAACUUGGAAAUAGAUACGGGCAUAAUAAGUUGGGAAAGCAGCAGUGCAAAAAGUUCCGCUUUAGACGCGGCAUCAGCGUUGGACUGGUCGCAACCUUUAACUAAACAAGAAGACGAACUAGUAUUAAAUUGGGAUGACGACCCAGCAGAUGCUGAUGCGGAUGAUGAAAGUCCUCCCAUGAGUAUGAAAUUAGAUAAGAAAAAAGAAAGCGUGGAUAUAGCUAAACCAGGGCCAGAUGAAGUAGGAAAGGCGACUGGAUCGCUUGAUAUAAUGGCUCAACAGCUCAAAUUUGUGGCGUGUCUAAAAAUUUUGAUGGAGGAACUGUCUACUUUAGCUACUGGCUUUGAAGUUGAUGGAGGACAGUUGCGAUAUCAAUUGUACGUUUGGCUGGAACGGGAGGUUGAUGCUCUACGACAACUCUGUAGUUACAGCGCUAAUACUGAUGGAGACGUCAUUAACGUUUCUGAAUAUGAAGGCGGUAUGGUAGAUGAAGCUCCCCCGUCGUACAGGCCGGGAGAACAGCCGACUCUGCAUGAAAUUCUAGUUGCUGAAAAGCUAGACUUUGAAGCCAAAGUCCAGAGAGCAGCAAAAAGAAAAAAAUGGCUCAAAGCAAAUGAGACUUUGUUGAGAACAUUGUUAUCGUACUGCUCUCUUCACGGGGCUUCUGGUGGCGGCCUAGCGUCGGUGAGAAUGGAAUUAGUUUUGCUUCUACAAGAAUUGCAACAAGAGAAGACGCAACAGCAGUUGCUAAGUCCUCUUCCGUUUCCCACGACACUACCCCUGCUUAGCGCAAGCGUUGCGUGCAACAAAACUGUGGUUGCGGAUCCAGUCAGGCAUUUGCAGUCUCUCGAACACGACAUGCUUCAGACUAUCGUCGAGCUUCGAAAUCCACCGAUGCCUCACAAAAAUACCCAUUACUGCGAAGUAUUCAUUCUGCGUGAUUUGGCCGUUGCUCUCAGUGCUUGCAUCUAUCAGUCUCUCUGCGACUCUGAUACGUUUGUUAAUAAGCACCAGCAAACGGAAAGUUUUCCAGUAGCAGCCGAAGUCGAAGCUUUUUCAGGAGGUCAUUUAGUUGCAUCAAGUAGAUGUCAUAGAAGAUAUUCCACAGAUGAUGGCGUUUGUAUUACCACUUCGCCAAGCAAAUGGCCAGGCGUUACGAGCUUGCGAGCACUGUUGGCUCGCGAAAAGGAUGAAGAUACGCCGAAAUUAAAUAUUCUACUAUGCGAGGCUUUCACUGCAACGUACAUGAGCUUAUUUGUAUAUGCUCUGUCUAGUUGCGAUAGCCACAUACUUUAUAGGCUUGUAGGCCAUCACUUUGACAAUAACACGUGGGCGUGCCUAUUUGGAGGUGGUGUAAAGAAACUUUUACGAGUUGCUAGUACUAGCGGUCAGAGCGGGUCAAUGAGUAUUGAGCGAGUCGAUAGUUUAAGUAGUGAAGCUCAAACCUCCACAACCAGCGGGGUUUGGAACACUAUGACGUCGUUGACGAAACAGCGCGUUAAAUUAAACAUGAAGCUGUUGGGACAGUUUACCGGACAACAGCCAAACAUGAAAGAAGAUAAACCUACCUAUAGAGAACAAUUUGUUUCUCCGCAGAUGAGCAUGAUAUCCUACUUUCUUAUGAAACCCCGGAUCGAAGGAGAACUGGCCGAGGAAAUAGAUUACGAUUCUUCGGACUCGGCAGUUUCCGAUCUGGAUUCAUCUGAGGAUGAGGAUGACGUAUUCGAUACGAAUGCAAAACCAAAGAGUAAACCAAAAGAUAAUACAGAACACACAAAUCCAAAUUCUUACAGUUGGUGCAUCAUGAGGUUGGCAAUAGUCAAGAUCCUGCAACAACAAUUACAGGACUUUCUGAAUGUAGCUGGAAUAGAGAUGCAAGAAUUGCCAGUCAGUAGUCCUUUGAUACACGGCACUUUGGGAAUUGUCGUCCAAUGGCAGGAAUCAUUGCGCGAGGAGUUGGAAUCGAAAGGUCCCCCACCUGCUAAUUACAUACCGGGCUGUGCUCCGGAUCCUGUCCCUACUCCUGGAAAACCCGCAAUUCACAAGUAUCGUUCAUUACUUGAGAAGGGUAAUACUCCCUUUAAUACUCGAAUGGCCUCUGCGGCACCGGCGAAUCGACUGUGGUGUUAUUUAGUGAGACAAGAGUCUGUACAAGACAUUUUUAUACGAGCAGUAUUUGGCAAGCGAAGGUCCCUAUCUUCUAUAUUAGAUACUAAUCAUAGUGGAGGCGAUAGCGCUACUCGAGGUGCAAGUUCUGGCGAGGACAAGGGAAGCGAUAGUGGUACGACGAGUCUUCCUGAACCUGUCAGGAUCAUUCACAAAGAACAAGAUAGUAUUAGUGCCUUCUGCCUUAAUCAGGUGAAUUCAGGAUUGAUGGCUUUGGCAACUCCCCGAGAAGUACAGGAAAUGGAUAUUUCACUACUUUUAGAAUUACCUUCAUGGCUGGAAGAUGAAUGUGAAUUUGAUAUUAUUAAUUUAAAUAAGCUACCAGAUCCCGAACCUGUUCAACCCACCAGUUUUCUAGUCAUACAGACGGCCGCAGACAGGCCAUUACUUGCUCAAAGUCCUCAGCAGAACAAUCCUCAACCACAGUCUGGCAUAGCAGGUCAAAGUGGACGAGGAGCUAGCGUGAUGAAGGGGAUGCCCGCUUUUCCUGGCUCCCACGACCUGCGCUUCUGUCAGUUUGUCGCUGAUAGGAGUAAACACUUAUUGAAGCCGAUCCUCAAGCAUAAAAUCGACGGUAUUAGAAGAAUCUCUUCGCAUCCUCUUCUUCCACUGUACUUAACCGGAUCCCAGGAUGGCUCGGUGUCGCUAUGGGAAUGGGGUCACCAGACCGCGGUUGCAACGCCCAGACCGCCGGGUACCUUUGCCAAGGUCACCCGCGUCAGGUUUUCGCAGCACGGAAACAAGUUCGGUGUGGCCGAUUCCGAUGGACAUCUCAGCCUCUUCCAGGUUGCCUGCAGGGAAGGAACCGCUCGGCCUUUCUUUAACUACCAGUGUCACAGUAAAGUGACGGCAGAUUUUGUGUUCCUGGGAGCUUGCAGUUUGGUAGCAACCGCUGGACACGGUUCCGAGGGUCGCAAUGUCGCGCUCUGGGACACUUUGCUGCCGCAAAACAAAUCUCUAGUUCAAGGUUUCACUUGUCACGACCAAGGAGCCAGCUCUGUGAUCUUGGCUCCGCAACAUCAAUUGUUAAUUAGUGGAGGCAAGAAGGGUGACAUCAAUAUAUUCGACGUACGACAACGCCAGCAACGUCAUCGCUUCCAAGCCCACGAGUCCGCAAUCAAGUGCUUGGCUCUGGAUCCACACGAGGAAUUCUUUGUCAGUGGAGCUGGAGAUGGCGAUAUCAAAGUAUGGGGUUUGACCGUCCAUUCACUCCUCUACUCAUUCCCCGGAGAGCACCCGCGAUCUAGUUUCUUCAAAAAUAUUGGACAGGGUGUUACGCAAUUGCACGUGGAUUCGGCAGGACGUCUGUUUUCUUGCGGCGCUGAUGGCUCUAUGAAAGUUCGUCAACUACCAGAACGGGACUGCGUUGUGCAAACAUAUUAUUGAAAUAAACAAUUCAACUACACUACAACAGUACUAGAUAGUACGGACUGCCUUCAGCUUGGGGCAAUUAAUGACACAAUGUAAAGUCCCCUGUAAGAUAAUUGAGAAAAGAAAGACAAAUGUUUUUCAACUGACAGUCAUUAUCGUGAAAUUGUUGCAACUAUAAACGCGUAUUUUCUUUAAAUCUAUUUCGAUAGUGAUCACUUUUCUCCUAAAUCUUAAUGUCCUUUUAAACUCACUGAAUUCUACAAUCUCCAUUUAAUUGAUUCGAUCAAGUGUACUUGACAAACUUGAAUGGUUAAAAAUGUUAUACUAAGUCAACUUCAUUGGCUUGGCACAUAAUUUCAACCCUACGUUCACUGUGGUUGACUAUCUCAAAUUUAUUUGUUGCAUUAACUCUUCAAAUCACACAAAAUGUAUAAAAAAAAUUAUCUAUGCAUAAAUAUACAAUAACGGUGCCAUAAAUAAAAGAAAGGAGAAUGAAGUAUUCACAUGAAAGUAAAUAGAAGGCAUAUUGGCCCCGAAAACUAUAUAAGAAGUCAGUUUGAAUUGAGUAUUUCAUUUAUGACUACUUGCUCAGAUAACGUUAUACAUCUAUUCUUGAGGAAAACUCGCAGUCAAGCAACGUUUUCUAUAUUAUCUUAUAAAUUGAUAUGUUGUUCCAUUGUAAGUGGACUUUGUUGCUAUAUAAAAUAAUUUUUAACAGCUUUACAGUGUAACUUAUUUAUUUAGAGCAUGUCGAUGCUCAAAUUAAAAUUUUUAAUAAUCUUGUUUUUGGCUGUUGAUAGAAAACGAGUAAAAAGUAUUUAUUUGCGCGCGAAAUGUCUAACACAACUGUUACUUGUGGCAAUGUAUUUAUAAAACUCAUGUACAAAGCAGAAAUUAUGUUAAUUUGAUUUAUAGUAAUGAAAGUGUUUGGAAAAAUUACAAAUUUUGUUGUGUAUUACAUAUGCAUGUACAUGAAUGUAUGUCUUUGCAUAUAUACUAUAUAUAUAUAUAAAUGUGUGUAUGCUGAGAUUUGAGUAAAAAAGUGCUCUGUUGCCUUAAUUAUGACAAAUCGCUUGUUGUUACAAUUUAGCAUAGAAAUCGAUUCUCAACUGAACACACAUAAAAUGUAUAACUUGUAAUAUAUGUAGUUACAAAUGCCUUGUUUCGUAUAUCACGUGUGAGUAAAUAUAAGAAAACUGUUACUAUACAAUAUUGUUAAAAAUAUAUAAAAAAAUACUAUAUAUAUAAUAUGUGUGCUGCCUAGUUUCAAGAAUUGAUCGCGACAUUCAUCCGCAGCCAACUCUUUUAAGUAACUUGCAAACGAACUGAUCAACGUAGAUGUAUCUAUGCUACAUGAAAUAAAAAUAUUAAGAACCGAGUUACAUAAAAGAGGGAUGAACCAAGCCAGACAAUGUCUUACAUCUACAUUGAUUAAUAAAUAUAAAUAUACAUAUAUUUGAAAGAAAAGAAUCUGAAAUAUAACAUUGUUUUACCAACAACA